AUGUCAUCCAACAAUUACAAUCAAUACAGCUAUCCGUACCAGCAAAGCUCCGCCCAGCCGUACUCGACUUACCAGACCGCAUCUGCUUCGAACAAUGUCGCGCCCGCGCCCCGUCAGUACCAGCAGCCGCCGCCGACUCAGGCACAGGACUACAUGUCCUAUCAGCCACAAUUGUACGCGAAUCAGAAUAACGGCUAUGCCACGGGUCAGGACAAUUCAUGGAAUGGCACCAACUAUGGCAGCACGCGAGAGACGACGAGUCGCGCUGCCGAAGUUCUGCGCAACAUGAGCAAUCCAUCUUAUACGAAUAAUAACACAGCGGUGACUAACCAAACGGCCUUCACCGCAGGCAAUGCCACGGCUUCGCACUCUGGUCACUAUACGACAGGCAAUUCACAUUCACCACAAGUGCAGGCGCAGCCGGCUUAUGCGCAGUCGCAACCACGUCCCCGCAGUGUCAACACGAACCGCACACAGCCAGCAAGUCGAGGUUUACCGUCCCCUGCUAUGACGGCAGGCUAUCCCUCACAGAGGGCACAGACAAUAUACAAUCAGCAACAACAGCGUUCCGCCAGCCCAGCCCAGCCCCAAUACAACAAUGUACCUGCCAGUAACGUGAGAACUGCGACUAUGACGGCUACGGCAAACCAACACUAUACAGACUAUAGCGACCGACAACUCCCUAGCGUCGACGCCUCGCGUAGCUCUCAGAACGCCACAUCGUCGACGGCCUACAACUACGGCAACGCGCAAAUGCCUUCGAGCGCAAUCGCACAACCAGCGCCCACUGCCACUAUGGCUGAUACAUACAGUGCUCAAAGUACCACCACCGUAGAUCCACUGGCAGUGUAUGAUCCGUGGCCGGAAUACCAGCGUAAACAGGCCGCGCAGAAGGCGAUGGAGGAUGCACAGCGCGCAGAAGAGGAAAGGAUUGCCGAGGAGGCGCGUAAGAUAGAAGAGCAGAAAAAAGAAGAGGAGCGCAAGCGACAGCAGGAGGAGAACCAACUACGACAAUCGCAGUCAAGGUCGAUGACGGCUCAAAAACAACAGCCAAACGCUGCUGAGACAGCCUCUGCAGCACCGACUGGCAACGAUGCGGCCCAAGCGUUGGAGACUCAGAUCCGUGAGGUGAUGGCCAAGAUGCGCGAGUUGAACAGACAAGAUCCAGCUAUGCUGGCACGCAUUUGGGACGAAGAACGUAAAGCAAAACCCAAGUCGCCCACGGUGCAAAGCAAAGCCCCCUCCACAGCUGCAGCCGCAGCUGCGCAGGCCGUACAACCUGCCCAAGCCAACACACCUCAGCCUAUCAGCUCAAAGAAGAAGACAGUGUCCAGAGACACAGUUGACCUACGCCCUCCCAAGCGAGCCACGGGAAACACUGUUUGGCCACCUGAGAAGAAGGCUCAUCUAGCCAACGCAGCGGCGGUAUAUCUCAACGCCCAGAAUGAGGUCCAAAAAAUCGAAGGCAGUCAGGUGCUAAACAUGCUAAACCGUAACCCAUCUUAUAUUGAACUAUGCGAACAAUUAGAGCACAUGGGUCUGAAACUAGAUCGUGCUGCUUUCGCCAAGAAUUUACUUACGGCUGUACCAGACGUCAAUUCAGCGUCUCGCAAGUCCGUACCCCAACCUACACCGGUUCCAGCGCCGAAACCUCCCGUACCCCCUGCCGUCAUGAAGAGGGAAGUCACGACACCUGGUGUGCCAAGUCCACAAUACAGGCCAGCGGCUGCCUCACCAGCAAAUGGAGUAACCUACUCGUCAUUCCCGGACGAUACCCCGGCCGCACCUACCCCAGUGCCCGUUGCUGAAAUGGUCCCAAUAAAACCUGAGCUGAGAAAACCCGCAAACAAAGAGGAAGCAGCGCGCAAGCGCAAUCUGAGUGACCUUGUCGACCUUACCCAGCUAUCAGACGAAGACGAGAUGGGACCGCCACCCAAAAGGCUAAACACAGACUCUCUUCAUACAUACGGAUCUCCGCAGCCAAGUUCCCAGGACGCAAUGCACGUCGACCAGGAGCCCGCAACCCUGAAUUUCCCCAUCUCCCAUGCACCUGCUCCCGCCCAUCCGCCACAAGCAUCCCUACCUCAACCAGUUCAGCCGCCUAGUGAACUUCGAUAUACAAGUUAUGUCGAGCCACUGGAUAAGAAGAAAGCUCUACGUCGUAACACCUACAACCCCGCCACAAUCGCACGAGAUGUUCUUCUUGCUUGUGGCAGACACCCAUCGGAGAGGAACCUUAAUCAACAUCUCGACGGACUUAGGACAACUUUAACUCAGAUCACAUUCGACGCGGAUCUUAGUACGAUUCGCUGGGAUUUGAUCGAUCCUGGAAACCCACCACCAGGUUACUUCAAGAACGGUGUCCAAGCUUUGACAGAGGAUGCGGACGAUGAGGAUGAUUCGGAUGAGGACGAGAGAGCACAGGCCCCCCGAGCUCCGACCAACGCGAUUGGCGGUGAAGGUGGGGCGCAAGCCAGGGUCCAAGCUUUACCAGAAGCAAUCAAUCCGUUCAAGCAAAAGCGCCGCGGUCGACCUCCUCGACAUUCUUUCCCAGACGGUGCAGGCCCGACAACACCCAAACGUCCAAUUAAUUUCGCGCCGAUGAAUUCCAGUGCUCCUCGUCCGUCUAGCGGUGCUGCUGGUGGAGUAGGAUACCAAGCUUUCCGUUCAGCCACUAAGUACGGCCCUGAUGGAAAACCGCUUCCCAAGAAGAAGGGUCGUCCAGUUGGAUGGAGGAAAGCGAUUCAUGGAUCUGCUGCAGCACAAUCUCGCACAGGCGCAAAUGGUCAAACCGGCUCGUUGAGUUACCAACCUCCGCAACCGAGCUCUUUGCGCAAUGUUUCCACGGGCCAGAGCAACGAGUCAAUUCGCAUCGAUUCCAGGUCGCCGAGUGUUGUUCGCCAGUAUCCGGUGUACAAUUGCAAGUGGCAAAAUUGCAAGGCCAUUUUGCACAACCUGGAAACGUUGCAAAAACACGUCUUCAAGGUACAUCGGAAGGAGACGCACCGGAAAACUCUAGAGUGCCUAUGGGACGACUGUGGCAAAGAAGUCACCAACUUUGAUCCCAUGACCAAUAUGAGACUCGAACGUCACCGGCCAUUUUCUUUUGACCUAGAGAGUGACUGGCGCGGCCAUCUACAGCAGAACCACUUCAGUGAUUUGUCAUGGAAGCUCGGUGACGGACCAGCCGGGGGUCUCUCUGAUUCACAUGAUUCUGAGGUGGAGUCGUAUCUGAACGAUGCACAAGGUCGACAAGUCACUCCACGGAUUACCGUCGAACCAGAACGUUUAGAGGCAAUUCGUUCAUCGUGGUCACCACAGCCGUCGGCAGUUGCCCAUCGGGGUCGUGGGCGUCCAGCAAAAUAUACGGCAGAACAAGAAGCUCGUGAUGCACAUGAUAGACUCGUGUCGCAUAAGAAGCGCAUUGGAGGGCCGGGCAUGGAUCGCGGAGGUGCGACGCUGGUGAACGAGAAACGCAGAAGAGGCCUCAUUGAGACUGAGGAGACAGAAGAGGAGCUAGUCGAUGCAGAAUAUUAA